GUUGCCUCCACAUUUUUUCAUUACCCUCGCAUUCACUCAAACAAAACUCAAAAACCUCCGCUAAGACAAGGGUUUCAAUUUUUCAACCAUUCUUCUCUGUAACGCAUUAGAACCACUUGAUCUCCAAUGGAACCACCAAUGUACCAACACUCUCCGCCUUUGAACCUCACCGGAGAAAAAGAAGCCGGUCCCAGUCCCGAUGCCGCCGCCGAUGUUCACCUUCACAUUGAUUACGACACGAACGCUCUCGAAGAUGGCGGCGGUGACGGCCACUGCGAUGGAACCAACUCUGAAUUGUCUCUUCAACCUAAUGAUAACUCCGAUCAGCUCUCGCUGUCUUUCCGUGGUCAAGUCUAUGUCUUUGAAUCUGUCACUCCUGAGAAGGUUCAGGCGGUGUUGUUACUGUUGGGGGGAUGUGAACUGCCUCAAGCGGGUACGGGUACGGGUACACAAUAUGUAGAUGCUGUGCCUCAACAAACUCAGAGGGUAUCAAUGGAAUUUCCUACCCGAUACAGUCAUCCACAGCGAGCAGCCUCAUUAAUCAGGUUCAGGCAGAAGAGGAAAGAUAGAUGCUUUGAUAAGAAAGUUCGAUACGAUGUACGUCAAGAAGUUGCACUCAGGAUGAAGCGAAACAAGGGUCAAUUUACUUCGGGUAAGGAACAAGAUGGAGCCAAUAGUCCCACAGACCAGGAUUCUGGGCAGGAUGGAAGUCAAUCAGAAACCUUCUGCACACAUUGUGGCACAAGCUCAAAAUCGACUCCUAUGAUGCGACGAGGGCCAUCUGGUCCAAGAUCGCUUUGCAAUGCUUGUGGGCUAUUCUGGGCAAAUAAGGGUACUUUGAGAGACCUUUCCAAGAGACAUCAAGAAUCAUCUAUUGUACCAGCCGAACAGGUUGAUCAACGUAAUAUCUCAGACUGUGGAACAGCAUCUAUCCCCACACAUAACGAUCUUGUCAUUUUCUCUGGUAAUGAUAACCAAGCUUUGGUAGCUGAUCAUUGAGUUUUCCAGUCACAGAAGUUGCUAGAGUUGUUGACUUUUGCAUAGUUCUGCUCAUAGCAAUAUAUUGUACAGUUAUAGGAAUGCUUCAAUUCAAGAGGUCUAUUUAUAUAUGUUUAGUAGAUCAGUGGCUUUAACUGUUGAUCUCUAUGUAUAACUUGGACCUUGAGUUAGAACUUGGUGACCUUGCAGGAUCUUCAUUCUGACAUAAUACUUUUGAAUAUAAAUUUUCAUAUAGAUAAUUUUGGGACACAGGUUCCUAUGGAAUAGGCACAGUUGAGACAUUUGGC